CAAACGCAUAACUUAGGAUCAUAGAGUGCUUCCAUUUUACCGGUGUUUUAUUUGUAUUUCUUAACGGAGUUAGAAACGGUGUUAUUUGUCAAACGUCCAUCGACUGAAACGAGCAGUGAUUAGAAGCACAAUCAUACUCACCUGUGUGAACUCACCUGUGUCAUGAGGUGAAACUCAAUCCCUCAGAUCAGAAACCACACUCCUGUCUUCACCGAGGAGCGCUUUACCUGGGCAAAACGAGAGUUAACCGUGUUUCAUGGGAAAAUAAGACUAAUGACCGAAAAUACGCGGGACUACCUCAUAUUUAUGAAAGGAUCUCGAGUUACUUCCUUCAGGAGUUUCGUGUCUUGAGUUCUUUGACAGGUUUUUCUUUCUGAUCUGUCAGAGAUCAUGGAUUGGGGUUCAGAUCUUUGGGACCAGCAUGACGUGAUUGAAAGACACACUCAGAACGGACUGGAUCUGCUGGAUCGAUACGUGAAGUUUGUCAAAGAGAGAGCUGAUAUUGAGCAGAAUUACGCCAAACAGCUCAGGAAUCUCAGUAAGAAAUAUUCCAGACGAGGCAUCAAAGAAGAUCAGGACAUAAAGUUGACCAAUCAGCAGGCGUUUCAGGACGUGCUAAAUGAGCUGAACGAGUACGCGGGUCAUAGAGAGCAGCUGUGCGAGAGCAUGACGCUGAGCAUCUGUGUGGAGCUCAGCAGAAACCUGCAGGAGCUGCGGCAGGAGCGCAAGAACUGUCUGUGUGAGGUUAAGAAGGCUCAGCAGAACCUGGAGACAACCUUCAAACAGCUUGAGAUUAGUAAGAAGCGUUUUGAGAAGGAAUGGAAAGAAGCAGAAAAGGCCAAUCAGCAAACAGAGAAAGUGCAGCAGGACGUAAACUCAACUAAAGCAGAUGUGGACAAGGCCAAACAGCAAGCACACCUUCGCGUCCACAUUGCAGACGAGAGUAAAAAUGAAUACGCUUCACAACUCCAGAGAUACAACAAGGAACAAAACAACCUGUACCACUCAGAGAUUCCCUCCGUGUUUAAGAAGCUGCAGGAGCUGGAGGAACGGCGCAUCCGGCUGCUGGCCAACGGGUAUGUGCAGUUCUCCGAAACCGAGAAGAACAUCCUGCCCAAUAUCAACAAGUGUUUGGACACGAUCAUCAGCACCGGGAGGAAGAUCGACGAGAAACAAGACACGCUGGCUCUUAUAGAGCAUUAUAGAUCAGGCGCAGUGCCCCCUGCUGACGUGGAGUUUGAGGAUUACAGUCAGGGAAUCAGACCUGCUGCGUCUGACAAUGCGCCGCACCUGCCGAAAGUCCGCAUCAAACAACUGUUCAAGAAAAACAAGGUGACGUCUCCUGAUAAAAACAUGCCGUCUUCGAUGGAGGACUUCUCUCGUCUUCCUCCGGAUCAGAGACGGAGACGUUUGCAGGAGAAGAUUGAUGAUGUACAGAAGGAGCUGCAGAGAGAGACGGAGCAGAGCGAGGCUCUGAAGAAGAUGAAGGAUGUUUAUGAGCACAACUCGCAGCUCGGAGACCCGUCCAGCCUUCAGCCUCAGAUCACACAAACCGCUCAUAACAUCGCCAGACUCAGAGGAGAUCUCAACAAAUAUCAGGCUCAGCUGACUGAAGCCGGUGGCAGUACGCUACAGUUCUCUCCCGCCAGUGCGGAGUAUAUCGCUGUGCUGAGCGAGUCCAGCGUGUCUCCGUCAGAUAACAUCUAUGAGUACGGUUUUGAUGAGGACUUUGACGUGGACGUUCCCAUCGGACAGUGUGAAGCACUCUAUGACUUUGACGGCAGCAGCGAGGGCGCCGUGUCCAUGCAGGUGGGUGAGCAGCUGAGUCUGAUGGACGAGGAUCAGGGCGACGGCUGGGUCCGAGUUCAGAGAGCCAAUGGAGACGUGGGAUAUGUGCCGGCGUCCUACAUCCAGAUCAUCUGAUCAGCUGCCUUAACUGAUAUCAUGUGACUCGGUCACUCCAUAUACUCGUUUGUUUUUAUAUGAUUAGGGGGAGUGUUUUUACUGUCAUGUUGCACUUUUUGUUUUCUUUCUGUUCUCUCAGUGUGUUUCUGCUGGUGAUUUUGUAGUUUUAAAGAUCAUGUUCAUUGUCUUUUCCUGUUGUUUAAUUAUUGCAAUGUGAGCAGAAGUUUUCAUAUCACAUUGUUUCAACUUCAUGAGAAACGGUCAUGUGUGCUCAAACGUUGGACUCUGGUACUGUGUGCCGCAGUGAUAAAUGAUUGUCAUAUUAAAGGCCUGUUUACCAAGAAUAA